AUGAUCAACAACGAAACAAUACAAAAUAAUUUUUCAGAUAUUUCAACAAAUUCAACAUCAACACAAAUGAUGAUUGAAACUCAUUCACAAUUGUCGAAUAAAGAUGAUAUGGAACCAAUGUUCGUACAUGUUGAUACAUCAAUUAAAUCAGUACCCAAACAUCCUGUACAAUUUACAUCUGAAAAUUUACGUACACAUCUUGAACCAAUUAUUCUCAAAAUGAUCGCUUGGGAAUAUUCAUAUCUAUUUCAACAACCAAUUAACCAUGUUUCACUUGUAAUACUUGAUUAUCCAAAAAUAAUUAAACAUGCAAUGGAUAUAUCAACCAUACAUAAUAAAUUAUUACAUGGAGAAUAUAAAAAUCCAUUAGAAUUCUGUGAUGAUAUAUGGCUUAUGUUUAAUAAUGCACAACUUUAUAAUAAAAAUAGCACACUUAUCAAUAAAAUGUGUACAAAACUUGCAGAAUUAUUUGUUGAAUAUAUUGAUCCUGUUAUGCAAACAUUAGGAUAUUGUUGUGGUCGUCAAUAUGAAUAUUUACCACAAGUUAUGUUAUGUGAUGGACAACAACAACAAUAUUGUCAAAUCGAACUCAAUGAUAAUUAUUAUUAUUAUAACAAUCUAGACCCAUCACGAUUAAAUUUAUCCUAUGAUAAAUAUAUAUAUUGUGUAAAAUGCUUUAAUUCAAUUAAAAAUGAUUCAAUAUUUGUCGGUGAUGAUCCAACUCAAACAUUAGUUGAAAUACCAAAAUCAUUAUUUUUAUCAGCUAAAAAUGAUAUAAAAAAACCUGAACAAAUGAUUGAUUGUAUUAUUUGUACACGUCGUUGGCAUCAAGUAUGUGGAUUACAUUUAGAUGAAAUAUGGUCGGAAGGUUUUAUAUGUAAAACAUGUAUACAUGAAUAUAAUAUAAAACGUAAAGAAAAUCCUUAUAUAGCAUCAAAAUUACCAAUAAAUGAUUUAGCAUCAAGAUUAGAACAACGUGUGAAUAAUUUUUUACGUAAUAAAAAUUGUCAAACAGGUCAUGUAACAAUUCGAAUAUUAUCUGCAAGUGAUAAAAUAUGUGAAAUAAAACCACAAUUAAAAAAAUAUUAUUCAAAUCAACUAGUAAAUAAUUAUCCAUAUCGAAAUAAAACUAUAUUUGCUUUUCAAGAAAUCGACAAUGUUGAUAUUGUUUUCUUUGGUAUGUAUGUACAAGAAUAUGAUGAACAUUGUCCAGAACCAAAUAAACGUCGUAUUUAUAUAACAUAUUUUGAUACAGUACAUUUUUUUCAACCAAAAAUUUAUCGUACAGAUAUUUAUCAUGAAAUUUUAAUUGGUUAUUUGGAUUAUGUUAAACAACAUGGAUAUAUGUAUGCUCAUAUGUGGGCUUGUCCAGCAAGUAAAGAUUUUGAUUAUAUAUUUCAUUGUCAUCCAUCCGAACAACAUAUACUAAAGCCAAAACAUUUGCAAGAUUGGUGUAAAAAGAUGUUGGAUAAAGCUAUUGUCGAACGUAUUGUUAUUAAUUAUAAGGAUAUUGUGCAAGAUUGUUUGGAUAAUCAAGUACAAACAGUUCUUGACAUUCCAUAUUUCGAUCAUGAUUUUUGGCCGUUUAUGAUUGAAGACAAUAUUGAAAAACUUAAUCAAGAAGAAGAAGAUCGAAGAAAACAAGAUGUUGAAGGAGAACAACCUAUGAUAGAUGAAGAAAAAAUUUCUGAUAAAUGUAAAUCUGAAAAAACAAUUUCGAAUAACACACCAAAUCAAAUAUCAAAUUCUACUGAUUUACUAUCUUUAAUUUUUUCAAAUAUGGAAAAAUACAAAGAGACAUUCUUUGUUAUUCGUCUUCAUGAUCAAAUAACAUCCUAUGUAACAGUCAAUGAUAUUAAUGAUCUCAUUGAAUGUGAUUUAAUGGAUACGACAAAUGCAUUUUUAAGUUUUACUUCUAAUAAAAAUUAUGAAUUUUCUUCAUUACGUCGUGCAAAAUUUUCUACUAUGGCUGUACUAUAUGAAUUAUAUACAUCAACAACAGAUAAAUGUACAUAUAGUUGUAAUAAAUGUCGACAACAAUGUGAUAUACGUUAUCAUUGUACAGUAUGUGAAGAUUUUGAUCUAUGUGAAAAAUGUUAUAAUAUUCAACCAAAUCAUGAACAUAAAAUGGAUAAAUAUAAUGAAUUAAAUAUUAUUGAUAAAUCUAGCAUUAUCACAUAUUGUUAA